AUGGCAGUUUCAAGCGGCUCCAAUCCCGCGAUCCGUACAUUAUUCUACCGCCUCGUCCGCCUUCUCGGCCACGCCAUACACCCCAUAUUCGUUUUCGACGGCCCAAACAAGCCCGCCUUCAAACGCAACAAGCGCUCUUCAGGGCGCGGUGAUAUGGUAGCCACCGCCAUGGGAAAACGCCUCAUCCGACAUUUCGGCUUUGCGAUACAUGACGCGCCCGGUGAAGCGGAGGCCGAGUGCGCGCUGCUUGAGCAGCAGGGCGUCGUCGACGCCGUCCUCAGCGAGGACGUAGACACAAUCAUGUUUGGCUGCCGCAAGACGCUGCGGAAUUGGUCCUCCGAGGGGUCGAGGGGCUCCAAGACGCCGACUCACGUGUCCGUGUACGACGCCGCUGCCGUGGCUGCGGGGACGAGCAAGCUGGACAGGGAGGGGAUGGUGCUCGUCGCGCUGAUGAGUGGAGGCGAUUACCUUCCCGAGGGCGUGCCUGGGUGCGGCGUCAAGGUCGCUUGCGAGGCGGCGAGAGGCGGAUUUGGACGGGACCUGUGCCGGAUUAAGAAAGCGGACAGGGACGGCCUCAUGGCAUGGAAGGCGAGACUUUUGCACGAGUUGCGGACAAAUGAAAGUGGGAUUUUUCGGACCAGGCACAAGGCUUUGGAAAUACCGGAAAGCUUUCCAAACAUGGAAAUUCUGCGAUACUAUACGCACCCGGUUGUGUCCAGGGAGACUACCAUCGAGCGACUGAAGAAGGAAUUUCCUCCUGCAAGCACUGUGGAUGUCGUGGGGCUGAGAGAGUUUGCCCGCGAGACGUUCGACUGGGAGUUCAAGGAUGGAGCCGUCAAGCUUAUUCGCGUCUUGGCCCCAAGUUUUUUGGUUCAGCAGUUUCUCGAUCGAUCCAAGUCCACAGCGGCAGAUGAUGGCGAUGUCGAUAUGAAACGGAAAAAGGAGUCAGCGCUCGUAAAAACAAUCUCAACUAAACGGGCACACUUCAGCACUGACGCUACACCCGAGCUGCGAUUAUCUAUUGUCCCAGCCGAUAUCGUCAAGUUGGACUUGAGCAAGGAACCGGAAGAGGAGGUUGAGGGCUUUGGCCGCAGCGGUAUUGCACUGAACAGCGACGACGAGUUCGAUGAGGAGCCUGGAGAUGAACUGAGCAGUGAACAGCCAAAGUCCAGUGUUAGAAAACCGUUUGACCCAUUCCAACCAGAAUUGGUGUGGGUUCCAGCAACGCUUGCAAAGUUUGGGAUUCCUCUCACUGUAGAAGAUUGGGAAGGGCGACAGAGAAGGAAAGAGCAACGGGCCGCCACCAAGGGCACCAGGAAGCCGAGGGCCAAGAAGGCGGACAUGCCGGUUGGGGCGUUGGACAAAUAUGUCAAGGUGACCAAAAAGGUUGGCGACACGGAGAAAGACGCGCCGCUUCUUGAACUCGCAUCAUCACCUCCGACGACCAACGACCAAUGCAACCCGCCUGCGCCAACGGGAAGAAGCAAGCAGUCUGUGAAAACCGCCACCUCUUCCCAGGCCAGACCAUUAGCGGAUAUCAACCCCUGGACGCUCGCAAACUCACAUGCCAGUCCCAGGGCUGCUAAGUCCCUUUCAUCUACCGCUCCACAGGCUCGACCCAAGCCCACCUCUACCCGGGAGGCAAUCCUUAUCUCAUCUAGCCCCGCCGCCCCUGCCUCACCUGAGGCCUCUAGCACGAGUUUGAGGUAUAUCCAGGUGACGCCAACGAGGACAAAGCGUGUAAGCUCGCCGAUGGGGGAUAUCCCCUCCCCAGGAUCGCUAUUCGGCCCGUCUCCAAGCCCAAGACAGCCGCAAUUCCCAGUUUUCGAAGAGCCGGCUGAAACGCGGCAACCGACGGCGACGACAGAUUUGACGAGGAAAGCGAGGCCGUUCAAGAAGGUCAAGAGCGGUGCAGGCGGCUCCGCAAACACCUCGACGCAAAAGUCGAUUAAGGCGUUUGGCCAAGUGCUGAAGAACGUAGGCUCUUCGCAAGUCAGUUCGAAACCCGACCCCUGCGACAAACAACCGAUCGAGAUCUUAUCCGAUGACGAGGAUGUCCCUCUGCCACCACUCACGCGGCCACCAGCCGCGAGUAUAUUCGGCCGGAAUGCCACUCGCACCAAUAGCAGCUUCGGCUUAGCCAGUGACGACGAUCCGUUUGUCUCACCACCACCAGCCCGCCGCACCAUUUCGCCGUGUUCUCUCCCAAUACACGCCGAUGCGACGGCUUCAUCAACCCAGCGCAAACCGGGGCGGCACCUCCAACCCGAAGCGAAGGGUAUAGACGCGGCCAUUGACGACACCGCUCGUAGCACAACCACUACCACAAAAAGCACAUCAACAGAAUUAUAUAUCCUCGGCACGAGCCUCAAAGGCAAAGCCUACUUCGGCAACCCUGGAGGUUCACCGUGA